GCCUCGUGCACUGUCCGCAAUUUAGGGGUGGCGCUAGUGAGGAAAUAGGAUACCGAACUUGGCGCAGAUGCGUCGAACGUUAGGAUUGAUGCGUGGAUUGCGUGGAUUUGUGUGGGUCGUUGAGGUGUUUGGAGGACUUUGGAUGGUGUUUGUUGAUUCAAGAAUAUCGGGAAUAUUGUAAUAGCGGCCUAAGAAGAAGAAAGCAUGCCUUUUCAUCUUGGACUAGACGUCAUUUUAGAUUUCUUGGAGGCAGAGUUUCAGGGGUACAAGGAAGGUCGCGUGCGCUGUCUGAAGGAGGGAGAGUCGAUCCUGAACAGUAAGCACUUACUUUGUUGUGGUGUUGACUCAUCAAACAAAACCGACAAAACCGAAGAUGUUGUGAUUUGCUCUUUGUGCCUGCAAACAUCGAAUCUGAAGGCACCUCCUCAUGAGAUACGAGUCACUCUGAGCAGGAGCGGAUGCAUCAAGGGUGCAUUGUGCUCAUGCAAGGCUGGCCUGGCUGGUGCCUGCAAGCAUGUUGCAGCUACAUUAGUCUACAUCAACAGGCAUGAUAUCAAUGACCUGGAGGAGCUUUCAACCACUGACCUAAAGAAAAAAUGGAAAACAGGUGGGAAGCAUCCAUAUGAGGGCAAAAGAAUUGCAGACUUCUGCCAUGUGAAUGUAGUACCAGUUCCCUCCAGACAGAGCAGUGCUGGAUCUGCUCUGGAAGAACUGGUACGAGCUGCUCCUGGUUCAGCGCUGGCCCUGUUCGAACGCGGUCAUGGUAGUGAGCCAGAGCAAAGUGUGUGUGAUGCUCUGGAUGGAAAGCGCCAAGAUGUCACACUUCUUGUAUCGAGCGGUGCAAUCUCCUGUGGUGAGCCAGACCUGGAGGAAGAGGUCAGGAAGUUUUAUGAUGAGCGUGUCACAGUGACCACUGAGAAGGCUGUUAACAUUGCCCUAGCUCCUCAGGGUUCAGAGAUGUGGCGUCGCGAAAGAGAAGUGAGGAUCACUGGUUCUGUCUGCCAUAGCCUCAUGACUUAUUCAAAAAGGGGUGGGGACUGGGAACAAAAAUUGAGGAGUCUGGAAAAGGCCCAAUGCUGGGCGGGGAACAGUGCAACUGCGCAUGGCAUCAAAGCAGAGAAGCAUGCCCUGGAAUUGUAUGAGGGUGUUUGUCAGGGAAAGCUUGUGACGUGUGGGCUCCUUGUACAGCCAGGCUGUCCAUGGCUUGGAUGCUCACCAGAUGGCGUUGUGAUGCAUGACGGUCAGGCGGUGCGACUGGUGGAAGUGAAAAGCCCUGUGUGUGGCAAAACUAUGUCGGCAGCAGACAUCAUCAGUGAGAGAAAGGUGCGCUGGCUAGACGUUGAUGGUGAAAAUGCUACCCUGAAGAAAAACCACCAGUACUAUGGCCAGGUGCAGUUAGGCAUGGCUAUCCUGAAGGUGAACUCUUGCGACUUGGUGCUGGCAGGCAUGGGUGACAUCGCCAUAAUCCAGGUCGAGCGUGAUGAUGGAUACCUGGGUAGCCUGGUUGGUACCUUGUAUUCAGUUUACUUCGACAUCCUCCUUCCACAUCUUGCUCGCCAGUGAGGAGUAGGGCACCUACCAGGCUACUUGGUUGUGCAGUGCAGCAGUUUAUGACUGAAUACUUGUCAAUACAUGUGUAUGACUUGUGACAUUCGUCUUGUCACCAAGUGUAUGACUGAAUACUUGUCAAUACAUGUGUAUGACUUGU